CGUUUGUUGAUCGUGCCAGAGUUGCCGCGUUGGGAGCUAGCCACGAAUGGCCUCCCCAGCUGAGCACGUCUCAACUGUAUCUGUCACAUCGAAGCAAAGGUGCGCUGAAAGCUUCUAUGCUGCAGACGUUCGAGAAUGGCUGCCUUGCUAACGUUGCAGCUCACCGCUCAUGACCUUCCCAAGUAUCGUAUGCGUGACCUGCGUAGCCGAAAGUCUCUGAUAAUAAUAAAAGAAAGUACAAGGACAUAAUAUGUAGGAGCUAACUGUUCCGCUCACUACUGGCCUGAGGUCCAUGGUUGGCUAGACGCCUUUACCCGUACUACGCCUCGAUAGUCGGUGACGUCAUGCGCCCUUCCCUCAACACUUCCAUUCACGCUGUCGAGCGAUAGAUAUAUAACGUUCAGCUAUUCACAGAAAUAGUGCGUUAUCUCUCUCUCUCUCCCCACCCCAAUCUCAUCGAAGAACACCGCCUGUGGACUACUAGCCCGACAUGAACUCCGUCUUGUCCUUGGGGAAACGGGAUCGCUCAAACUUCGAGUCUGACGGCUCUGAGAUGAUCCGUCAGCCUAAGCAUCUGAUGACCGAAGCCAUUGGACCGGCUGGCGCUGCUACAAACUCUCCAGCUGACCAUAGGGUAGCGACUUCGGCAGGAUCUAUCGAGCCGGCGUCUGCCCUGCGCUCUCCUACCCUUGUCCUCAGCUGGCGCCAUCUCCCGACUCGACUUCAGUCUACGCAUCUCGGUUGAUAUCAAACCGGAUGAUGACAACGUUGCUAUUUGCGAGCGGCUCUGGUUUCCAGAUGGCGAUCUCUGUGGACUGUCUCUCCUACCGAGAAAAAGCUAUUCAACUUGCACAUCGCAGUUCUCUCGUAUUUCUCGAAGACUUUCAAACGCGAGCUCGUGCUUGGAUUCCCUCGAGGGGCACCGAAUCUUGAGGUUACUGUGUUAUGCGACCUAGGGUGUGCGUCGCGGUUCGCUGUGAAGCUACAGGACCGUCCAGACGAGGUGGAAUAUUUCCUGCGCGCUAUAUAUGAGACAAGCUCCAGAAGCCGUAAGAUAUGCAUAUACUCGGCUCAAAGAAUUUCUAGGGCCCCAGUUGGUCGCACGCCUUUGAGCAUAGACAUCAUCCUUACAAUUAUCAAGCUCGGCUACAAGUACGGCGCGAAAGCUAUCGCGAAGGACGCUAUUACUCGCAUCCUAGAGUGCCGUUCAGAGAUUGCAGGGAUCGGGAAGGGUCUCGAGGACGGUGAUAUCGCAGGAAAGGCCGACAUAGGCGACCACGGAGGACCCAGGCAGGAACGAUCCGAUGAGGCUACGCCGGUGCUUUGGAACCCGGUCUGUCCCAUCUCUCUCGGUACAUGAUGUCGGCCUGAAGAGUGUACUCGCCCUCGCGCUCUAUGCCUGCUACCAGAACGUCAACAAUGGGGCUACUUUACCAGACGGCACGCACGAACAGCUUCAUGAUGUUCUUCUCGCCAAAGUGACCGCAAACAGCAUUUUAUUUGGAGACCCUUUGGACGAAUGCUUUCCCUCUCAACACGCGAACACCUGUUGGAAAGAUUUCCGCUAUCCGCUUGGACCUCAAAGCGUGCAUCCCAUGACACACCCGCUCGCAGUUCUCGAGGAUUGGAAGGACGUCUGUCUGAAGAAGGAUACGUGUAGCUGGUGUACACGCCCUGUCGAAAGCAGGUACAAGGAGCGGGUUUAGUAUUACUUUGCGAAGGUGACCCUUCAGGCUCUCGACUUGCUUUAAUUACCACUUGUCGCAUCUUCUUCGCUUUUUCUUUGCACGCUCCGAAUCCAGGCUUUCGUACUAGGACUGCUUGAGUAACAACGUAACUGUAUUGCAAGAAUAGACACGACAACACGGAAGAUGUAUGCCUCAAAACUACGAGCAUAGCCACGGAUGAGAUGCCAGAAGAGACAUGGGCUGCACUCAACUCUACUGAGACGAUACGAACCCACUACCCCGUGACCCACUGGACCCCAUAACGGGGCCCGAUGGCAGGACAAGCGAGUCGCGUUCCUCUUCCAUGACUGUAACAGAGACAGCGCGUAGGAGUGUUUGCGCCGCUUCUUGACUUGAGCACAUGGGAUGCCAUGUUCGGCGGAGCUCACGCUUGUCGGAUGCUGAAAGUACCUCCAUAUGUUCAGCAGAUCGAACCUAGUUCUGACCAUGGGGGUGGACGGAUGUAACGGCAAGCACCGAUGCACAUUGCAGAGGACGAAAAUUUGGACAAGA